AUGGCCUCGGCAGGCGCGCGGCGACUCCCGGCCGGGACGCGCGCGGCGGCCAGGGGCUGCAGCGGCCUCUCGCUGCUCCCGGCCCCGCCCCUGGUCCCUCCGCGACCGCCGGGACCAAUGAGAUUUCUUAUCUCGUGCAGCCUCUUCUUGCCCCGGGCUGCCCAGGUCUUGGCGGCUGAGGCUGGCUUACCUCCCAGCCGUUCCUUCAUGGGCUUUGCUGCCUCCUUCACCAACAAGCGAAAGGCUUACUCCGAGCGUAGGAUCAUGGGGUACUCAAUGCAGGAGAUGUACGAGGUGGUAGCCAAUGUCCAGGAGUAUCGUGAGUUUGUGCCCUGGUGUAAGAAGUCUUUAGUGGUAUACAGCCGCAAAGGUCACCUGAAGGCCCAGUUGGAGGUUGGCUUUCCACCUGUUAUGGAACGUUAUACUUCUGCUGUUUCCAUGGUCAAACCUCACAUGGUCAAGGCUGUUUGCACCGACGGCAAGCUCUUCAACCACUUAGAGACCAUUUGGCGGUUCCGUCCUGGUAUUCCUGCCUAUCCCCGAACUUGCACUGUGGACUUCUGGAUUUCCUUUGAAUUUCGUUCUCUGCUGCACUCCCAGCUGGCCACCAUGUUUUUUGAUGAGGUUGUCAAACAGAAUGUCACUGCCUUCGAGCGCCGGGCAGCAACCAAGUUUGGUCCAGAAACAGCCAUCCCCCGUGAACUGAUGUUCCAUGAGGUGCACCAAACUUGAGGCAAAGGAUUGUUCCCUAGCCUCACCUCUCCUCUCCCUCCUCACCCAAUUCUCUUAUUUAUUUCAUUUGGCUCCUGCUCCAAUCUGAGAGAAGAGUCUAUGUUCAUAAUACUGUUCUCCCACUCAAAUUGGGCUCUAAGCUGGCUGGAAAUGCUGGGGGAAAGAAAAGGCAGGGAGGUAUGGAAAGGAGACAUGCUUAGGAAAGGGUCAGGCUCAUCUUGAGAGCCCAUAUGCCUGAUGCCUGCAACCUUCUCACACUGAAUUAUAAUCAGGACUGUAUGGUUGUGUCUGAGCUCUUGUCAAGGUGCCUUAGUGUCUGACCAGGGGAAGACAGCAACUUUUCUUAGGAUUGAAUAAAUUGAACUCCUUUCUCUGACACACAGCUACUGGGUAGUCAAUAACUUUGCCUGCUCUUGGGGAAGGGGCAGGAUAAGAACCCUGAUAAAUAAAGGGAUAUUUGCUUGUGGCAGGGGAUGAGGAGGGAGGUUUACUAUUUUUAAUGCCCUCAGCCCCUCAGGAGAUGCCUGAGAUCUGGCCCCAGCUUGAAAUCCGUAUGACCUCACUUUAAGAGUAGUUCCAUGCUGCCUGGCUAGUGGAGAGCAAGGGGCUUUCUCCCCAUCAUUGCCACAGGGGGCAAGGAGCAAAAGAGCACUGAACAGUUAUACUCUUGGGUUGUACCUUAUUCUUCCACUUGGCCUGAGUUUUUAUAAAAUUUCAAUAAAUUAAUUGUGACAGUAUG